AUGUCAUUCAGCGAUGCUCUUCAGUACAACUUAGAUGUCAUCUCGGCGGAGGGCAAGGAUGGAGGGGGUGUAGAGAUGCUAAACCUUGCCCUCGUCCCCAACGCUGCACCCGUCCCCAGCCAGUCCACAGGCGUAUACCCUAGCCCAGCCAGCAUUCCACACCCGCCGCUGACGACGCCGCACUAG